AUGGCCUGGAGAAUCGCCACCUUCAUCAAGGAUGCCUGGACCAAGGAGCUGGUGCUGGUCACGUCUUGCGCCAUCUGGAGCCUCUCUUUGCUUCUGCCCUUCAUCAGCCCCUACACCAAGUAUGCCAUCAUGAUCAACGAGGUCACAUCCUACAACUACCCACUGCCCGUCCGAGAUGAUGGGAACAUGCCCGACAUGCCCAGCCACCCCCAGGACCCUCAGGGCCAAAGCCUGGAGUGGCUAAAGAAACUGUAA